GGGCGGGCGCAGGGUGUCCCGGGCAGUCUCUGUCUGGCCUCCAGCAGGCAACCGGAGGCGCGGUUCAAUUUCCAGUAAUUGUCCUGAAUUCUAGGACCUGUUCUUCUGAAACUGGGGCCUAUCUCAUUUCUGCAGUUUUUGGAGCUUGUCAUGGAGUCACUACAGUCUGCACCCUUCAAAUAAGUCCAGGAUUUCUGCAAGAACUUCAUUAAUUUUAGUUUCUUUUCCUGACAGAGGUGAGUACAGGUCACUAGCAGCUCUUAGUAUUUCCAAAGCAGCAAAUUCAUCAAUUGGAAAGUGCUUCUGCCAUUCAGAAAUGUCUGGUAUUGAUUUGCUAUUAGUUUGGGGGCAUGUUUCUGUAUUGGGCAGAUCUGAGUAUUAUCCAGUCAGGAGAGGAGGCACUUUAUCCAAUUAUAUUUUAAGCUAUUGGAAGUGUCCAUCUCCAGUCCCAUCUGGGCUGGUGGUGAAAGAAGACAAGCCAGGAAGUAAAGCACACUAAUGACCCCAUUCCUGGGGUCCUCAUUGAUUUCUCAGCUCACCCUCGCUUUUCUGCGAUUUAGACUUGGAGAGGAGUGUUCAGGGAGCCCUGAACCUGGACAGCCAAUGGGCUCAGUGACCUAUGAAGAUGUAACUGUGAUAUUCACUCAAGAGGAGUGGGCAUUAUUGAAUCCUUCAGAGAAGAAACUCUACAGAGAUGUGAUGUGUGAAAACUUCAGAAACUUUCUUUCAAUAGAAAAGAUACAAGAACAUUCCACCAAAGAGCAGCAUAACUUGCCUGGGAGUAAACAAAGGAAUACAACUUUGAAAAUCUCUGAGGGCAAAAAAAGUCAGAAUGGUAUAAAAUCUCAAGAAUGUGAAGUAUACAACAAAUUAUUCACUUAUUCUAAUCAUCUUCAGCAUCAUGAAAGAACUCACAGUGGACAGAAACCCUAUGAAUGUAAACUAUGUAGUAAAACAUUCAGUCAUUGCAGUAGUCUUCGGAGACAUGAAAGAAUUCACAGUGGACAGAAACCCUACAAAAGUAAACUAUUUAGUAAAGCAUUCAGUUAUUCCAGUCAGCUUCAGCAACAUGAAAGAACUCACAGUGGAGAGAAACCCUAUGAAUGUAAACUAUGUAGUAAAACAUUCAGUCAUUCCAGUAGUCUUCGGAGACAUGAAAGAAUUCACAGUGGACAGAAACCCUACAAAAGUAAACUAUGUAGUAAAGCAUUCAGUUAUUCCAGUCAGCUUCAAACAAAUGAAAGAAUUCACAGUGGUGAGAAACCCUAUGAAUGUAAACUAUGUGGUAAAGCAUUCAGUUUUUCCAGUAAUCUUUGGAGACAUGAAAGGACUCACAGUGGAGAGAAACCCUACAGAUGUAAACUAUGUAGUAAAACAUUCUCUUUUUCCACUAAUCUUCGGAUACAUGAAAGAACUCACAGUGGAGAGAAACCGUACGUAUGUAAAAUAUGUAGUAAAGCAUUCAGUUUUUCCAGUAGUCAUCACAGACAUCAAAAAAUUCACAGUGGACAGAAACCCUAUGAAUGCAAACAGUGUAGUAAAACAUUCACUUUUUCCAGUAAUCUUCGGAUACAUGAAAGAACUCACAGUGGAGAGAAACCGUACGUAUGUAAACUAUGUAGUAAAACAUUCACUUUUUCCAGUAAUCUUCGAAUACAUGAAAGAACCCACAGUGGAGAGAAACCCUACGGAUGUAAACUAUGUAGUAAAACAUUCCGUUCUUCCAGUAAUCUUCGGACACAUGAAAGAACUCACAGUUGAGAGGAACCCUGUAUAUAAACUGCAGUAAAACAUGAAAGAACUCACAGUGGAGAGAAACCCUAUGAAUGUAAAUAGUGUAGUAAAACUCUCAGUUGUUCCCAGUAAUCUUCAGACACAUGAAUAAAUUCACAGUGCAGAGAAACCCUGUGAAUGCAAACAAUGUAAUAAAACAGUUGUUCCAGUCCUCUCCAGAGACAUGAAUGUAUUCACACUGGAGUAAAACCGCAUGAAUGUAAGCAAUGUAGUAAAGCAUUCAUGGGUUAUAGUUCUCUUUAAUUACAUGAAAGAACUUACAGUGGAGAGAAAGAAACCUAUGAAUGUAAACAGUGUAAUCGAACAUUCAUUCAUGCCAGUUUACUUUGGAAACAUGAAAGAUCUCACAGUGGAGAGAAACCCAAAAACAUGGGUUCUCCCUGUCAUCUUUGUCAACAUGAAAUAACUCACAAUAAAGAGAAAUUUGAUGAAUGUAAGCAGUGUUGAAAACAUUCCGUUAUUCUGGCCCUCUGUAGACGUGAAUGUAUUCACAGUGAAGCAAAACCCUAUGAAUGUAGUAAAAAUUUCAGAUGUUCCACUAAUUUUCAAACACAAAAAUAUUCGCAGUGGAAAUCAAACUUUUGAGCAUAAGCUGUGUACUAAAGAUUAGAGAGAGAGAUGCAACCUGAGACAUGGUGCAGAGGCUAGUUCAACAUAAUAGUUCUCAGGUGUGAGCUUUUGCACUACGUGGGCCGAAGACAUGUUCUGGAUUGUUGUCUAUUUCUUCAUCUUCUGUUAAUAUAUAAGUAAAUAGAUCUAAAUAAUUGUAGAAAUAACAAUUCCAUGAUAUACCAGGGAACCCAUACCUCUGAAUAUUACAUAAACGAUAGGAAUAUGAGUAUGUACUUUGAUUUUUUGUCUUAAGUUCAAAUAUAUGAAAUAAAUUCA